GCAUUGAGAGCAGAGCAGAGGAGAGGAGAGGAGAGGAGAGGGGAGGCCUCCACGCCGCUGUGUCGGUAGCUGGCGAUGAAGGGGUGCGAAUCUCGGGCUCUGCACAGCGGAUCCAAUAAGAUUUUGAGAUGUCCUUUAUAUUUGACUGGAUUUACAGCGGCUUCAGUAGUGUACUGCAGUUUUUAGGCUUAUACAAGAAAACAGGUAAACUAGUAUUUCUCGGAUUGGAUAAUGCUGGAAAAACUACUCUCUUGCACAUGCUUAAAGAUGACAGACUGGGACAACAUGUCCCCACAUUGCAUCCCACUUCAGAAGAGCUGACAAUUGCUGGUAUGACGUUUACAACUUUUGAUCUAGGAGGACAUACUCAAGCUCGCAGAGUUUGGAAAAACUAUCUGCCUGCCAUCAACGGCAUUGUCUUCCUGGUGGACUGUGCGGAUCAUGAAAGAUUGGCUGAAUCUAAGCAAGAACUUGAUGCACUAAUGACAGAUGAAACUAUUGCUAAUGUGCCUAUCCUAAUUCUUGGCAACAAGAUUGACAGACCAGAAGCCAUCAGUGAAGAGAGGUUACGGGAAAUGUUUGGUUUGUAUGGCCAGACAACAGGAAAGGGGAAUGUCUCAGUGAAGGAAUUGAACACUCGGCCCUUAGAAGUUUUCAUGUGCAGUGUGUUAAAGAGACAAGGUUAUGGGGAGGGAUUUCGGUGGAUGGCACAGUACAUUGAUUAAUGCCAAAAUCACAUUAGUACACACUAUCCAAAUCUGUUCAUGUUUUGAUCAAUCAAUGUACAUAACUUGAACUUACAGACUUUGGUUACAAAAGCGUAUUUUUUUUAUUGUAUCAAUUGUGUUAAAUUUUAAGUGUAAAGACUGAAAACAGAUUUUAAGCAAGUUUGUCAGUUUGGAUCUUGUAACAUUAGUCUCUAGCCCUAUCAAACCACCUUCUUUUUGGAUUAACUUAUAUGUUGUCUGCAGUUCUCCCCAUUUUUGUUUUUAGCUUUCCAGCACAGUAUGUUUUUUGAAUGCACUUUUUAACAGCUCAACCAUACAGACUUGUUUGUCAUAUUUAAUGCUCAUCAUGUUAAAUUUUUAAGUAUUUUUUUCAGAACCAGUUUUAUAAAUGUAAAGUGAAUAACCACUUCUCAAACGAUAGUAAUGAAUAAGCUUAUGAAUAAUUGCAUGAUGCCUUACAGUUUUCAAUAAUAUACUUUCUUAUGCAACGUCAUGCAAUAAAACUAAAUCCCAUUUCUUGGCAUCUUUAAUGGGGAAAUGUUUCAUUUUAAUGUGUCUUAACCUAGUAAAGAUGUUUCAAGAUGUGACUCUGUGGGGUAGUUUCCUAAAAUGCAGUAUAAUUUCUGUGUGCUGUAGACUUUUUAUAUUAUUUAUUUGAUUAUCUUUAUGCUGGGAAUGAAUCACAGUAACAUUAUCCACGCUUUCUGGAUGUAAAUGUUCAGUCGCUGUUUUUCACAUUGUACCGGAAGAAGCACUAUGGUCUCAUUGUGUAGUACACCAUAUAGUGCUGGUGAGUGCCUGAAAGCAGCUUUUUAGAAAACCACUGGGUUGGUACUGCAAAUACACAUUUAGAAGCCUGGCUCCUGUGAGAAUUAUGUUACUGGCUUGAGUCUGGUGUCGCCUGCUGUCUUAUCCACUGCUCUGAGCAUUUGUCUUUCCCGUUAAAGUAUUCAUACAACCUGUCAAAGGUUGCAAAAGGUGGCUACCAUUCAAAUGGUAGAGAGGCCAGGUCAGUACUUUGUUGCCUUCUUUGGCUACAGAGAUGGAAUUUUUUUUCUUAACUACAUACAGUAUCUGUUAAUAAAAUGAGAGCGGUCAUUCAGAGAAGGAGCUGUGCAGCAACGUCAAGUUUUUUUAUUCAGCAUUACCACAAGGUUCCACACUUCGAUUAUUUUUUUUAAUAGCUUUAGGAAAUGAAAAAAAAAAACACCUUAGACCAGUCAGUACUUCUAAGAAUCUUAAUAUCCUUGCUUAUGGAGCCAAGUUUUAAGAUAGCACAGGGAGACCUCUAUGGUCAUUGUUUGAAACUGCUUUCCCUGACUUCUCCCUUCAAUCCAGAUGCUGAUUAAGAUUCAUUUGCUAGAUUUAAAAGUGAAUGGAGACAAGACCUCAUGUAGAUUUGGGUUGUUAGCCAGCCUUGUGUAAAGCCUUGGAUAUAGGGUAGUUAUUUUUGAGGGAUAAUAAUUUGACUAUAAUUAUUUUUAUUAUAUAUAAUUAUUAUCAGGAGAUAGCUUUUCAGUGAUGUGUACCCAUAUGCCCUUUCAGAAGAAGUGGAAAUGAGAGAGUAAAGGAAAAAGUUGAUGUGGUCGCUAGUGUCUUGCUGAGUUAUAAUACAACAUACAAAUAUAACGUUUAAAUUUGUUCAAGUAUAUAGUUCACCUUAAGAAAGCAAUUAUAUUUCUGGGAAGGUACUAUGAAAUUCUCAACAUCAGAUUAGACUUUAUAGUUCCUGAAAAAGGAGACUUUGACCAUUAAAUCAAUUUGUUUAUAUUGCCUGUAGCUCUCAUUCUGCAUGCUGUAGAUCUCUUCUUCUGUAGCCUUGAUCAAAGCGAGCAUUUUAGUUUUUCUCACCUUUCAUUCAAAAUGCUUUUAGAACAUAAAGACAUCUUUUUCAAGAUGUUUCAUAAAAUCACAUGAGGAAUGAUCAGUAUUAGAGGGAACUGGUGUCUUGAUGUUAGUUGUUGCAAAGGAAUUGGAAAAAUUGGUUUGUUCCUGCUAGUAUGAAUCUGGAAAUGUUAUCUUACUUGAUUCUUCAUUUUAAAUGUAACACUUCCAGAUCUGUAAAAGAAAGGAACAAUGGUUCUUUCAAUAUUUGGACUUGUAUAGCCAUCUCAGUCUCUUUGUUUUGCUGUUGAUGUUAAUGUAGGGCUUUGAAUGGGUUCAUACAACUUAUUAUUUUAAUGUGUUUGUUCUUGAUGUGCCUAUGACACGUAGGAAGCGGUUUCCUAAAGCAAAACAAUGGGUGGAUAAAGUCUCUUGAAUACAGUAUAAAUACAUUUCAAGAAGAGUUAGUCAUGACUAGUAGUUGAAUCUCCCCUAUGCCAUAAUGAAUCUGGCAGGUUUUCCAACUCAGUUUUUUAAUUGCUCCUUGACAGAUUUUAUUUUUCCUUUGAUAUUUCUAAUGGUUAUCUCUUACAUAAAAAAAGGUGCAAAACAGUGUAAAUAUUUUUACAUUGCUUUGCAUCUUGCUGGACCAGGUAUUACAGCAAUUUGUCUUCCAAAUACAAAAUUGUAAAUGACAGCUAUUUCCUUUUCAUCUUUUGCUCUGUAAUGCAAUCACUGCUGAUGCAUUUAGAAGACCUUCAAAGUUAAGUGAGCAGUUGCUGUAUAAUAUGGCAAGCAAAUACAAGAGCUCAAGUUGCCAACUGUGAACCCAACAGACAUCAAGAGACUUGGAGUGGAAGGUUUGCUGUGCUGCAACGGUAGAAGAAGCUACUGCACCAGAUACAUUAUUGACAAGGCAGAAAUGCCCUACUGCACUACUAGCAUAAAAAAGGGGGAAGAGGCAAUAUGUGUUAAGAAUUCGAAAUGAAAAUGCUAAUCCUUUCAGGAAAAUGGUCUAAUAUGUGAAAAACAUGCUCAUUGUUUGCUUCCCAUUCCUUGAUUAUCAUUUUCAGAGCUGCUUAACACAAGGGAAAGUUUUUUAUAUAGAGAGAUUCCUCUCCUUGUAGGAAUCUGUAAAAAUUCCACACAUGGUGAAGUCACAUGCAUCCAAGACAGGCAUCAUUGUUGUGGUUUGUAGGAUAAACACACCAAGCAUCAUCAGAAUUCAUACAAUUUCUUCCAUUAGGAUUUCUGUAGAAAUAAUUUAAGUUGCAGCUUUCACAUCUUACUAUGUUUGGGGCAUGUGCAUAAUGCCAAUUUUUUUUUUUAAAUCACCUCUGCCAGGAUAGUGUAUCAGUAUUUACUGAAAAAAAAAUUAGAUACAGAAACACAAAAUGACUUUUUAUAUGACUUAAAUGGGAAUUGCUUCUGUGAUAUGAAGAAAUCCUCCCCUUCCCCUCCCACUUCUUUCAACAUGGAACAAUUUUAGUCAAUUUAAAAGUUAUGCAUUUAAUUUCAGGAAAUAGUUCCCAAAAUUGUUUAGUCAUUAAUUCUGUGUGAGUGUGUGUAGCAAUGUUUCCCCCUCUGAGGGGUGGCUUGUUAAAUAGUUUUCAUUUAAAGGACAGCAACUGUGUGCUGAAAAAAUAAAAUUAACUAAUAAAAUG